AUGUCCAUACGAGUUGUGGAGCCUGACACGCAACAGAGCGAGACGGAGGGUGGCACUUACCAGGUAACUGUAUAUGGAACACAGUUGUCAUCAGAAGCUUGCAGAGAACUGGGCUUCUCCAGUAACUUGCUCUGCAGUUCUUGCAACCUUCUGGGACAAUUCAGUCUGAAUCAGUUGGAUCCGUUCUGCAGGCAGUGCUGCCAGGAGGAAGCUCAGCUGGAGUCCAGAAAGCUUUAUGCAGGAGCUGUCCUAGAGGUGUGUGGAUGAAAAUUGGGAAGGUUCCCUCAAGUCCAGGCUUUCGUCAGGAGUGACAAGCCAAAGCUCUUCAGGGGACUUCAAAUCAAGUACGUGCGUGGCUCUGACCCUGUACUAAAGCUGCUGGACGACAGUGGGAACAUUGCUGAAGAAUUGAGCAUCCUCAAGUGGAACACAGAUAGCGUGGAGGAAUUUCUAAGUGAAAAACUAGAACGUCUAUAAAGUUGUUUUCAGUUCUCUUCCCUUUUUAUGUUUUGUAAUAGUAAUCUUCUCAGAUGAAGUUUGCUCCAAAUGAAAAACCAUUCCAGCUUCUGUAUUAUUUUUCUUAAAUAUGUAUUUUGCUGUACUAAAUGCCUCUUAAUUAGAAGGGGAAGCUUCAGCACACGCAUCUGACAAGCUGACAAACAGAAUAGUUCGUCUUAAUAUAUUUCAGCUCUUAGUGCAUUUAUCACUAAUGAAAUGCUUUGUUACAAACUUAAUUAUGCAAACAUCAAUUCGCUAUAAUUUGACCUGCUUUUAUGAACACUCUUAAAACUAAAAAGCUUCAAAUAUCUGAAAAGAUUACCAUGCUUUUUGUAUGCUGCUCUGUAAAAACAGCAGAGCCAAAUGCAAUGUACUGUCUCCA